AUGGCUAACGACUACAACAUGGAUACCGAUAUGAACGACCUGGCUGGUGCAGAGACUUCUCCAAACCCAACCCAACAUGCUUUGACGACAGAAGCACAACAAGAAACGGCAGAACUAAAAGCGCAACUUGAGAAAUCGCAGAAUGAGUUAGCAUUGACUCAUGGUGCUCUCAAUUAUUACGUGGACUUGUACCGCAAGACAAAGAGCGACAACAGUGCGCUGAGAACUCAUAUCAAUGCGCUCAACACAGGCCGCCGUAAAAACAUCAACGACAGCAUCCGCUUUCACCCUACUCGUAAGGGAGUAUCGGACCUCGGACGCUUGAACGCCAAAGCCGGAAUGGUCAUAAAGAAGCUGAAGCUGUCAAUGGACCCGGCCCUAGAGGACUCCAUCACUUCGAUCGAACGAGAGCUAUUCCUGCAGAAGAUUGAGCGCGAUGACGCCAAAGAGAUGCUCGAUUUCAACAACACGGAUAACGACCGGGUCAUGGGGGCAAUGCAACGCGAGAUGGCUCUAGUCAUUGACGGCCAAUCCCGCUCAGCGGAGGAAGCCGCGCAGUACUCUCAGGAGAACGCACGACUGACCGCGCAGAAUCGUGUUCUGAAAAACGACGCGGAGGAAUCGCAAGAGUUGUUCAAUGAGAUGUUCAACCAGAAGAUGGAUUCGGAUGCUAAGGUUUCGGCGCUUGAGGAAGAGAUCGCUGCGCUCAAAGCGCGGGUCAAGGAGCCCACGAAAGUCAACGCAUUCGAGUUGCCGCUGAGGCACGUUGAGAUAGUGAAGCGUCCUAUCUUCGCGGGUUAA